AUGGAUGUCCUGUGGCGAUCUACUGGCUUCGCUGCAGAGGUGUUGGAUGUGUUUGACCGCUCACUGACCGAUAAAGAGCUGGUGUCACAAUCCAAGGCUCUGUGCAAGGACUACAUCAUUUCAAGACUUAACCAAAAUGGACUUGGGUGGUCAAAAGCGGAGCUCAAGUUCUCCUGUUCGAAUGCCAUCUGUGAAGUGUCAGUGGUGCUUUUGUGUCUUGGCGACGAGCUGGAGUGUAUACAGCCCGGUUUGUACAGGAACGUGGCGCGGCAGCUGAACAUUUCGGUUGCCAUGGAGAACAUGGUGUCAGAUGCCUUCAUCGGUGUGGCCACAGAGAUUUUCUCCACAGGUAUCACAUGGGGGAAGGUUGUGGCCAUGUAUGCAGUAGCAGGAGCUUUGGCUGUGGACUGCGUCAAACACGGUUAUUUGAAUUGUGUUUAUGUCAUCGUGGAAAGUCUUGGCCAGUUUGUUCGCAAGUACCUGGUUCACUGGCUGAAGCGGCGUGGCGGAUGGAUGGACAUCACAAAAUGUGUGGUGAAAAAAGACUUUAUCCCUGACAAUCACUGGAUUUCCUCCAUCAUAGACUCUAUGAAAUACUUUGUCACAUCAAUUUAUGUUUACAUCAUGAAGGAGCAAUGA